AUGCAGUUCAAUAUCCUCUGCGUCUUGACCCUCCUUGUCGCCUUCGUGGCCUCCGCGGCUGUUCCUGAGGCCGCUCCCGAUGUCACCAGCACAUAUGGAACCUGGUUCGAUGUUGAAGACUUCGAUGUGACUAAUUUCAAAUUGGCUACUCGCGAUGAAGAAGAUGCCAUCGUCGUUGCCGCGUUGACUCUCAUUGCUGCCAUACUGAUCAAUGCGCGCUGGGCUCCUGCAUGGGGCCUGGAAGGUGGCCUUAAGUGUGAUACAUGCAUCCUUGUCGACAGUAUGCUUGGCGAUAUUCUGAUUUUUGUUCAGUUAUCUGGUGCAUAUCAUGAGUUUGUGCUUGAUGAGGAAGCUAUCUAUCCGACCUACAUGUCACUACAACUGCUACUUACGUCCGGACUCGUCAAGACCCCCUUCUCCACUGGGUCCCCCAGGCUUUGCCCCGGAUUGGAUGCAAGCAGGGAGCUAGUUGGGAGAAAGACCACGACAACGGAUCUGACAGGCUGGAUGAAGAUGGGAAUCAGCAUGAGCGGUAGUAGUGAUGAUGAGAAUGAUGAUGGUGAUGAUGUAUGUCCCAUUGCUGAGGUAAUGAAGGACAAGAGUUCUCAAGAUUUUAUUCACGAAGUCAUCAUCUUAAAGUUCACUGAGGUCAUCGAUGAGACUAUGAAAUAUAUACACUGGGCUUUGGCACAGUUGUACAGAACAUGCAUACCAUUAACCGCAGUUAUGCUGUUUACUGCCACAGGAGAAAAAAGGGGAGAGAAAAAAAUGGUGAUGUUUUACGCUACAAGGUGGAGGAUAGUGAUUGGUCGCAUCAUCCUGAGGUGUUGUUCCUUCGAUCUGAAUGGGAGCAUCACUUUGAAAAAGCAAAGUUUAACCGCGGGGAUAGCUACCUACUACAGACUAGGUAAUAUCUAUGAGGACCCGAAGAGGGUCUUGGUGCAGCGAUGA